AUGGAGAAUGUUGGGUCUCAAGUGGGAGGAGCUGCACCCUCAGGAUCUUACUUCACACCCCUUUUGAUUUCCAUGGGAGGCAUAGUCUCCACAACCCUAGCAAUAGUUGCAUACCAUUUCAUUGUGGUUAGGUUCUGCCUCAGGAGGAGGCAGAGGCUGAUGCAGAUGCAAUUACAAGCAAGCCUCUCACAGCAACCACCAAUCAGCCAAUCCAAUGGGGUUGAUGAGAAAGUCCUAAGUUCAAUCCCAACUCUCUCGUACUCAACCAAAAGUUGUGAACUUUUUCGGGUCGAUCAAAGCGAGUGUGUGAUUUGCUUGGGUGAGCUAGAAGAUGGAGAUAUGGUGCGUUUGUUGCCCAACUGCAAGCAUGUGUUCCACAAUCCAUGCAUAGACAAAUGGUUUUUGGGACAUACAAAUUGUCCAGUUUGUAGGGCAGCCAUAGCUGUGCCUAUUGCCUCUGUGGCAGCAUUGCCUGCGGAAAAUGAUCAUGAUCAUGAUCAAGUUAGAGACAGAGAAGUGGAAGCAGAAGCAGAAGCCGAAACCAGGGUUAAUUACUCACCACACCCUCAUGAUCCAGAGCAGGGUGUGCUUAGCACUUGUAUUACUACUACGAAUUCAACCCAAUUACCAAAACCAAAUUGUUUGCUUAGGCAUUGUGUGUCUCUGGUGGUGUUGCCUAUAGAGGAGCAUAAUAAGCAGCAAAGUUUUGUGAAGGUGUUGGAGAGGUCUUUGUCUUUGGAUCAAUCCCAUGUUCUUAUUGACAUAUACAGAGAAAGUGAUGACAAGCCCUCUUCUUCAUCUUCAUCAUCUUCUUCUCCUUCUUCUCCUCCUUCAUCGAAACCGGUUCUUGUGCAGUGUGGAUCGUUGAAGGCACGAUCGAUGAGGCAGCUAGAUCGAAUGUCCUCAGUUUUAGUAAGAUCUCUUUCCCAACUGCGGAUCGAGCCAGAGUAUCAACAUAGCUAA